AUGUCUUCCAAUGAGGAGGCAGUGCCGGAGGACUCCACGGUGGGCUCUCCUAUUUCUGGGGCUGAGCUGUCCGCCAUUGUUGUUUUGCUGACUGCUAGCGAUGACAUCACAGACGGCGUAGAGACUCCUGCUAGCGAUGACAUCACAGACGGCGUAGAGACUCCUGCUAGCGAUGACAUCACAGACGGCGUGGAGACUUCUGCUAGCGAUGACAUCACAGACGGUGUGGAGACUUCUGCUAGCGAUGACAUCACAGACGACGUAGAGACUUCUGCUAGCGAUGACAUCACAGACGACGUAGAGACUCCUGCUAGCGAUGACAUCACAGACGGCGUAGAGACUCCUGCUAGCGAUGACAUCACAGACGGCGUAGAGACUUCUGCUAGCGAUGACAUCACAGACGGUGUGGAGACUUCUGCUAGCGAUGACAUCACAGACGACGUAGAGACUUCUGCUAGCGAUGACAUCACAGACGACGUAGAGACUCCUGCUAGCGAUGACAUCACAGACGGCGUAGAGACUCCUGCUAGCGAUGACAUCACAGACGGCGUAGAGACUCCUGCUAGCGAUGACAUCACAGACGGCGUAGAAACUCCUGCUAGCAAUGACAUCACAGACGGCGUGGAGACUUCUGCUAGCGAUGACAUCACAGACGGCGUGGAGACUUCUGCUAGCGAUGACAUCACAGACGGCGUAGAGACUCCUGCUAGCGAUGACAUCACAGACGGCGUAGACUCCUACGGCGUAGAGACUCCUGCUAGCGAUGACAUCACAGACGGCGUAGAGACUCCUGCUAGCGAUGACAUCACAGACGGCGUGGAGACUUCUGCUAGCGAUGACAUCACAGACGGCGUGGAGACUUCUGCUAGCGAUGACAUCACAGACGGUGUGGAGACUUCUGCUAGCGAUGACAUCACAGACGACGUAGAGACUUCUGCUAGCGAUGACAUCACAGACGGCGUAGAGACUCCUGCUAGCGAUGACAUCACAGACGGCGUAGAGAGUCCUGCUAGCGAUGACAUCACAGACGGCGUAGAGACUCCUGCUAGCGAUGACAUCACAGACGCUGCUAGCGAUGACAUCACAGACGGCGUGGAGACUUCUGCUAGCGAUGACAUCACAGACGGUGUGGAGACUUCUGCUAGCGAUGACAUCACAGACGACGUAGAGACUUCUGCUAGCGAUGACAUCACAGACGGCGUAGAGACUCCUGCUAGCGAUGACAUCACAGACGGUGUAGAGAGUCCUGCUAGCGAUGACAUCACAGACGGCGUAGAGACUCCUGCUAGCGAUGACAUCACAGACGGCGUAGAGACUCCUGCUAGCAAUGACAUCACAGACGGCGUGGAGACUUUUGCUAGCGAUGACAUCACAGACGGCGUGGAGACUUCUGCUAGCGAUGACAUCACAGACGGCGUGGAGACUUCUGCUAGCGAUGACAUCACAGACGGCGUGGAGACUUCUGCUAGCGAUGACAUCACAGACGACGUAGAGACUUCUGCUAGCGAUGACAUCACAGACGGCGUGGAGACUCCAGUAACGUUUAACGUCCUUGUCAUUGAAGGUCAAGUCUGCCUUUCUUAA